AGUUGCCUAUGCCUUACUGGGAUUCCUCUCUAGAUUUUCACAUCAUGAAUCCCGAAAAUUCCAUUCUAUGGACAAGGUUUUUGUUCGGUAAUGGUCGAGGAACUGUACGGACAGGUCCCUUUAGUACAUUUACAGAACCAAAUGGGGACCGCAUAUCCCGAAAUAUUGGAAGGGCGGGCACACUCAUUGCACGGGAGAAUAUUGAGUCCAUCCUUAACCGAACUAGCAACAGGGAACUUGUAUAUACGAACCUUCUAACAUUAGAGGGUUAUCACAACGGGCCUCACGUUUGGGGAGGAGGUACAUUACAGGGAAUUACAACCGCCCCUGCCGAUCCCAUAUUUUGGUUCCAUCACAGUUUUGUCGACAAACUCUGGAGUGAUGUCCAGCGAAGAAUGCCAAACCCAGAAAACUAUCCCUACGAACCAAUUACAAAUCGAGCUCAACGCCCAAGGGAGCCCAUGGCUAUGUUUCCCGUGGACCCUAAUUUCCCCUUGUUGAAUCAGGACGGUUAUAUGAGAUGGGUGUCUAGACAAUCUACCUAUCGGAGAUCCCCUGGACAAGCAAGGCGAAGGUUACGAUGUGAAAAUCGAGCUUGGCGUGUUCGACAAGUUCUUGUUUGGGAUGAUCAACGGCUGAUAUGUGUGACCGGGGAGGGACGUCCCGAUGACUUCAACGCGCCCCCAGACACACAAACCAAUCGCUUAUCAGCUUCAGCUUUCAAUGACGGUUCUGCUUCUGGGCUCAAAUUCGUAUCUCCGCUAAGAGAUACAAGAACUUUUGCUAUGCCUUCAAAUGUAAAUUUUCUUAAUGCCGAAAGUCGUGGUUCCGCCAUUAGAAAUGGUGUUUUCAACAACAUGUUUGUUUCCGAGAUUCGCGACAUGAGAACAAUGCCUUCAGCUCGGUUUCCACCUCGCGAUCGUCAGGCCGGAGGUUUGUUGCUGGGCGAGGUUAUUGCUCAGUUAGAAAGACGACAAAAUAAUUUGAUGGCACAAUCAUCGAAUAACAUUCAGUCGCCAUUAAGUGUUACUCGAUCAAAUGGAAACUUUAUCAAUGGUUUUGGAUCUGGACUACAAGUGCCGUUCGAGAAUAACAUUUUCCCUGGACAGUCGUUCGGACAGACAGGACAGUUGGUCGGGCAAACAGGAGGGCCGAUUGGACAGUCGAUCGGACACAUGGGCGGGCUGGUUGGACAUCCACUCGGACAGACAAGACAACAAACUCUUGGACAUUUACCAGGAUUUAAUUCGGCAACAUCGACAAGAAACAACAUAGUCCAAACGUUACUAGCACGUGCAAGACAGAGAAACAGUCAAGCGCCUACUAUAGGUAACUUAAACCUCAUCCCAUUGUGAAAUCCUCUCCGUCAACAUUAAACAGCUUUUAUUGGCUUCACAAUGUCACGCCCUCACUUUAUCAAAUGCUCCCCGUACACAUUAUACAGUUUAUAUAUACGUCACGUUGUCACGCCCUCACUUUAUCAAAUCCUCCUUGUACACAUUAUACUUAUAUUUUUGUUUAAACGUCACGUUGUCAAACCCUCACUUUGUCAAAUCCUCCCCGUACACAUUAUACUUAUAUUUUUGUUUAAACGUCACGUUGUCAAACCCUCACUUUGUCAAAUCCUCCCCGUACACAUUAUACUUUUUUUUGUUAAACGUCACGUUGUCAAACCCUCACUUUGUCAAAUCCUCUCCGUACACAUUAUACUUCUUUUUGUUUAAACGUCACGUUGUCAAACCCUCACUUUGUCAAAUCCUCUCCGUACACAUUAUACUUCUUUUUGUUUAAACGUCACGUUGUCAAACCCUCACUUUGUCAAA